AUGAACCACCUCGCACCCGACGCCAACCUCUUCCUCAGCAAGCACAUUCCAAGCUCCUUCCACGCAACUCCUCCCUCUCCCCAAAAGGUUCUCCACAUAUCCUGCGGUACAGGCGAUCUAACCCACCAGCUCGCCAAAAAAUUUACAGCCGCUCAGGUAAUCGGCAUCUCCCCCAAAUCCGUGGAUGCCUCCCGUCACGGUCGACUGUCCAAUCUCAUGUACAUCAAAGCCACGCUGGAGGAACUCGUGGAACGGGAGGAUAUGCUCUUCUGGCCGGGGACGUUUGAUUACAUUUUCCAGCGGGGCGGGAUGUGUUCGGUGGAAGGGUGGGAGGAGCAUAUUAGAAUGGUGGUAGGGUUGCUUGGGGAGGGCGGUAUGGUUGAAAUGCAAGAGUUGGGGUUGGAGGUGUUUGCGGGACAGGGGAGGGACGGGAUCGAGGAGGGGAGUAGUCUGAGUGAGGGUUGGAUGUGGUUGACGGAGGCAGAGAAGGGUGCCAAGGGAAUGGGAAUAGAUGUGAGAUGUGGCGAGAGGCUUGCGGGGCUGUUCAAAGAGGCUGGAUUGGAGGGUGUGAGGGAUGUUGUGUACAGGAUUCCGCUGAGAGGUCCCGUCGUUGAUGAAGCUGGUACAGAUCUGCAGCAAACGAUCAAGGCACAUCAAGACCUGCUGGAGAGGUUCUGCUCGAAGGGCAAGAGUGCUGAGGCCAUAUCCGGAUUGAAGGAGAAUGUUGCAGAAACGUUGGGCAGGUGCGAGGGUGGCGACUUUACUCAGAUGCACGUCGUGGUAGGCCAGAAAAAGAGCCCUUGA